AUAUUUGACAUGUGACAGCUGAGCGUCGCCAAAUCUAAUUUCUAAAUCUCGUUUAAAAGUUGAACUAUAGAAUGAUAAACUUGCCUUUGAAAAUUUAAAAUUAUCGUGAAUUUUAAAUAGUUAUUUUAAACUUUUCUCAAAUGCUGUCGGCAAAAGCAGGCAAAGUUGCACUAGCAUUACUCUCCAUAGCUUUCGCAUCUCACGUUAUGUAUACCUACUAUAAAAACCGAAAAAAAUCCAGAAAACCUAAUAUAAACGAAGUGCUGAUGUUUUCUUAUGAUCAGGCGGACUUGAGGAAAAGUAAAUUCUCGCGGUGUAUGAUAACACGUAGUAUGGAUCGGCUGUUGUAUUAUCUUAAUUCUACUUACUAUAGCAUAGAUAUUUGCAUGUAUGUUUUGACUAACACGGAUUUAAUAAAUAUAAUAGUUCAAUUAAACACACGUGGGGUCAAAAUACGUAUGAUAAUGGAUGCUGACAUGGCGUUUACAAAUGGGUCUAGCUUGAGACGAUUAGAAAAACAAGGAAUACCAGUACGCUGGAUGAAGUCAACCAACUUGAUGCAUCAUAAAUUCUGUAUUAUUGAUAAUUUAUAUGGUCAUCUCAACCCGACUGUUGAACCUUUGGUAAUCAUGGGUUCCUUGAACUGGACAAACCAAGCUGUGAAUGGAAACUGGGAAGAUGUAAUGGUUACAUCUCAGGAAGAUAUUGUAACACAAUACCAGACUGAAUUUGAUAGACUGUGGCUACAGUUUAAAUCAAUUGUCGACAUUGCAUAGCUGCAUAAAACUAUACCUUAAUGUUUUUCUUUUGUAAUUUCUUUUAUAUUUUUUUAUAUUUAUGUUUUUUUUUGUGUAUGUCAUUCUGAGGUAAAAUUAUUAAAACAAGGAUCUGAUUUAUAAAAUUAAAAACUAAAUACAUAAUAUCUUUGAUAAUAA